AACUCAGAUUCUUCUCAUCCUUGCUCUACCUCAACAAAAUUGGUAUCGCCUAUCAACAUGUCCAGCAACUACUGCUCUGGUAACUUUUCUACCAGCUCACUUGGUGGUUGUAGGCACUGUCCAAGCUUGUCUUCCUGUUAUCCCAGCAACCUGGUCAACAGAAAUGACAUCUGUUCUCCCAGAACCUGCCAAGUGGCUUCCUCUAUCAACAAAGGCUGUCAGGAAACCAUCUGUGAACCCACCAAGUGCCAGACAUCUUUUGUGGUGUCCCGUCCCUGUCAGACGUCCUGCUUUCAGCCUUGGUCCUCGAUCCUCUGGAGACCCCAGGAGACUUGUUCAGGGUCUCUGGGUUGCAGAUCCAGUGGCAACUGCUCCUUGGGCUAUGGGUCUAGAAGCUGCUACUCGCUGGGGUGUGGAUCCCAGGGCUUGAGAUCCAGAAGCUAUGGAGUCUGUGGUUUCCCUUCCCUGAGCUAUGGAAAUCGAUUCUGUUAUUCUUACUACUGUCCUUCCAGGAGAUUCUAUACCUCUUACUAUCAGCCAUUCUGCACAUUUGGCUUUUACUGA